UCGUAAAAUAUGAUAAGCUGCUCAUCACCUAUUCUACCAAAAACUUGGAAUAAUUCUAACUAACUAAUGCUAAGUUUAAUUGCUCCCCCUGAAAACCUUAGUCCAGAAUAUUUUAGUUCACUAUUAAACCAGUAAGAAUUUAUCUUAUAAAAGGUAUGGACCUGUGUAAUAAGUAAAAAUUUUAAAUAAAUCCUUAAUGGAUUUUAAAGUAUUUGUAGAAAUGGGUAAUUCAGAGGCAGCAAAGUUAGCAAAACAAUUUCUUGAUUAACUUUCUUCGAAUUUUGUUAAAUGUUCAUAUUAUCAUGAAGAUAAACUCAUUUCAUCUGAAUCAUCUAAAAAUUACUCGUUUGACUCCUUAGGUGAUUCAACUAUUAGCCCAUAAAAAUACUAGCAUCAGACUUCGUUAAUUGAAAGUAUAUAUUUAUUCCAUAUAUUAGGAGACUUAAAAAAAGACAAUUAAUAGCCUACUUGUAUGAAAACAUUGUCUAUAAAUUAAAAACCAACUAAAUCUCCCUAAUAAUUGUAAUCCACUAAGACUUUAUGUAUAAGUGGAAUUAAAGGAAAAUAAUUAGAUGCUAAAAAAUUGUAUAAUAUCUUUAGUAAUUUCGGAAAUAUUGAUAAAAUCUUACUUAUAAAGUAAAAAUAAUUAAUUAUUCAAUAACUAGAAUAAAAAAUUUCGCUUUUGUAAAAUAUCUUAAAAAUGAUAAUGCCAUGUUCGUUUUCUAGAAUUGUUAAAAAUUAGAAUUCUUUGAUAGCAUGAUUUCAAUUUCUUUUACUUCAGAAGAUUCAAUAGAUAAACUAAUUGGUCUUGAUACUCUUUAUUAAGAAUCAGACUAUUAUAUAGGUUCUGAAGAAUCAGAUAGGUAUCAAUAUUGCAUAUUUGAUAGAUUUAAUUGUAAUAAUAAAAUGAUUCUUUUACCACCAAGUCAAAUAUUGCACAUCUCAAAUCUUAAAAAGGUUUCUUCAAAUGCUGAAACUAUGUGGGAUGUAUUCUCUGAAUUUGGUGUUGUUUAAGUAUUUAAUUAUCUAAUUAUUAGGCUGUAAAAGUAUUAAAUACAUAAUUCAAAUUCAUGUGUUUAGUAAAGAUGGAAACUCUUAAGCAAGCUUUAGAAGUUAUAGCUCUAAUGCACGAUUAAGAGAUUGAUGAGAGAAAUGUAUAAAUCUCAUUCACAAAAACAAAAAUUUGA